AUGUCGCGUCAUCAUCCCGAUCUCGUCAUGUGCCGCAAGCAGGCCGGCAUCGCCAUCGGCCGCCUCUGCGACAAGUGCGACGGCAAGUGUCCCGUCUGCGACUCCUACGUCCGCCCCACGACUCUCGUCCGCAUCUGCGACGAGUGCUCCUUCGGCAACUACCAAAACAAGUGCGUCGUCUGCGGCGGUGAGGGCAUCUCGGACGCCUUCUACUGCUUCGAGUGCACGCGGCUCGAGAAGGACCGCGACGGCUGCCCCAAGAUUAUCAACCUCGGAAGCUCGCGAACCGACCUGUUCUACCAGAAGAAAACGAAUCGCACGGCGACGUACUAG